AUGCCUUGCAUAGCAGUCAGGCGCACGAAAGAGAACCACGAAACGAUACUUCUGAAAAAAUUCAAAAACGAGAUCCCUUACAACAUAGGGGAGUGUAACAAUAUUUGCGAACACUGCGGGGCAGCUCAUUGGCUGAAGGAAAAGGUGGCUGCAAAGGGUAUCACAUCUCCAGCCCACUAUUCAAUGUGUUGUCGCGGUGGCCAGGUCGAGCUGCCUCAGCACUAUUUCAAUUUCCCACCAGUCCCCGAAUUUCUGCAAGAUUUGUUAACGGAGGAUGAUGCAGUGAGUCGGCGGUUUAGAGAUAACAUUCGGGCCUAUAAUAAUGGAUUGAGCUUUACCUCUCUGGGAACCGAGAUUGAUCAUUCGGUUAAUGGGCCGUACGGCGUCCGAUGCUUCAAAAUGAAAGGCCAAUUAGUACACAAAAUGGGCACCAUUCUUCCAGCUGAUGGCAAGGAGGCCGCUUUCGCACAAAUAUAUGUGAUGGGCCCUGAAUUGGAAGACGAGGCGGGUCACCGCGUUAACAUGACGGGUGUGGAAGGACUUGACGUUAAUAUAAUGAAAGCAUUGCAGGAUUUUAUGGACGAAUAUAAUCCUUACGCAAAACAGUUCCGGUCAGCGUACAAAAUAUGGAAGCGGGACGAUACGGUGACAAUCAGAUUGAAAACGAUCCCACCUACAGCUCAUAUGACGGCAAACCACGACAUUCAAACGUAUGCGCGUCCUUUGACUUCAGAGGUGGCAAUGGUCGUCGGCAACGACAGUGAUAUUGGCGGUGGCGAGAGAGAUAUCAUUCUCACUUCAAAUGAGCGCGGUUGGGAAAGAAUCUCUGACCUUCACACAGGAUAUCUACCCCUACGUUAUCCAGUUUUAUUCCCCUAUGGUCAAGCUGGAUACGACAGUUACUAUUGGGUUCCCAGUGAAAACAGUGAGUUUUGUUGA